AUGCCGACUGACCCUUCACUCCACCCAAAAUGGGCUUUCGGCAUAUUGAAUCACCGCGAAACCAUCCACGUACCAGGCUCUGUGGUUUUGGUUGCCAACGAUGCCAACGACUCUCAAUCAACAUCUGAUGUUGAAUCCAAGGCGCCAGAAAUCCCCGCUACUACGGUUUCUGAAAGGGUCUUGAUCCCCGCCACGUCCGCGAAGAAGACGAACCACCACAACAUAAUCCUCCACCCACAGCCAGAGGAUUCACCCAAUGACCCCCUGAACUGGCCAGUAUGGCGCCGAAACAUGGUGCUAUUGUCCGUUGGCCUGUUCUGCAUGAUGGGAGCCGGGCUCACACCAGUCUUGGCGGCCGGCUUCACGGACAUCGCAAACGACUAUCAGAUCGACGUCGAUCAUGUCCCUCUCACCACAGGCAUGUACAUGCUUGGAAUGGGGAUUGGGUCCGUCUUUGUGGCUCCAACGGCGUUGCUGUAUGGCAAGCGGCCGGUGUAUUUAGGCGGGGCUGCACUUUUGGUCGUUACCUGCGCUUGGUGCGCGUUGUCACCCACUUUUGAGUCUUUGGUGAUGGCACGGGUGUUUCAAGGAAUUGCCGUCAGUCCGAUUGAGUCUCUUCCGGGGUCAACCAUCAGCGAGACCUUUUUCCUGCACGAAAAAGCAUUCCGCCUGGGCAUCUACACACUGCUGCUUAUGAUUGGCAAGAACUUGUUCCCGUUGGCAAGUGCGGGGAUUAUGCAGAGUCUUGACUGGCAAUGGGUGUUCUGGAUCUCUGCUUUCCUUGCCGCGUUGAUCGGCAUUUUAUUAUUAUUCUUUGCCCCCGAAACCUUUUGGGAGCGUAGGCCCGACCUUCACAACUCCAGGUACACAAUUGAGCUUCAAAGUUCGCCACGGCGGACCCUGGUGCAGGAGCUCCAACCGUAUCAUGGUCGACUCAUUCAGGACAGCUGGAUGCAAGUGGCCUGGCGGCCCUUUACACUUUUUUCAUACCCGGCCGUCGUAUGGUCGGCGCUGGUUUAUGCAUGCUCAGUGGGGUGGCUGGUAGUCAUGUCCGAGUCGGUAGAUGUCAUAUUCAUCGGCGGCGCAUACAAGUUCACUCAGCUGCAGACCGGAUUGCUGUACAUUUCGCCACUGAUUGGAGGAAUUCUGGGCACAGCUAUCGCGGGCAAGAUAUCAGAUUGGAUCGUUCCGAUGAUGGCAAAACGAAACGGAGGCAUGUAUGAGCCCGAGUUCCGACUCGUCAUGGUCGUUCCAGCGUUCAUCACCACUGUCGCUGGCCUGAUAGGUUUCGGCUGGUCGGCGGAAUGGUACGAACACUGGAUGGUACCAACAACCUUUUUCGGCAUUGUGUCGUUUGGUUGUUCUCUAGGCGCCACCACGGCCAUCUCGUUCGUCAUGGACAGCCAUGGCCAGUACAGCGUCGAGACGCUGGUAUCGCUGACAUUUUGUAAAAACGUCUUCCACGGUAUGAUCUUUAGCUUCUUCUUUACCGAUUGGCUGCUGCAGGAUGGCAGUCGCUGGGUCUUCAUGUGGCUGGGUGUCAUUCACUCCGUUGUAAUGCUGAGUGGCAUUCUUAUGUACAUUUUUGGCAAGAGGGCAAGAAUGUGGGUGGCCAAGAGGGAUCGUGGCGAUGGGGUUGUUAUCCCCCGGCCCAGGCGGCACAGUUAA